AUGUUACAUAGGGGCCUGGAGUUCAGGUUUUCCCCUGCAUACAUAGCGGAAGGAUGCGGGUACAGCUUUGACGAAGUGCUCGACAGCGUUUUCGAUGGCAUAGAGCAGGCGAAGCAGCGAAUUACCACCCCUUUCGAGGUUGGAGCAAUUUAUAUUGGCGAAGUUGGUAUCCACGACAAAUUUCCUUUUGAAGAAUCCGUCGAUUACUUCUUGCAACAUCGUGAAAAAUUUAUUGGGUUCGACAACGCUGGUUACCCUGCGCCAUUUUCUCCACACGUGGCACAAUUUAAACGCCUUGUUGAUGCGGGUAUAAACUUAACCCUCCAUGCGGGUGAGACUCCUCCAGAUUGCAACGAUCGCUUGGCUACUGCGCUUGACCUCGGCGCCAAGCGUAUAGGCCACGGCAUUGAGUGCGUGAAAUCUCCAGCGAUGAUGAAGCGGCUAAUCGACCAGGAUGUGAUAUUGGAGGUGUGCCCCAAGUCGAAUUGGAUUACCAACCCCGCCAUCAAUAUGGACGACCACCCAAUAAGAAGAAUUUACGACGCAGGCGUCAAAAUAUGUAUCAAUACCGACGAUCCUAUGAUGAUGACCAACAGCCUGCAUGAGGAAUACGAUCUGCUCUUUACCCAUUUAGGUUUCGGUUAUGAAGAUUUUGUGAAGAUGAAUACGUGGGCGCUGGAGAAGUCCUUCCUCAGUAGGGAAGCCAAGCUAAAACUCAAGGAUACUUACUUCCCCGGCGCCAAGAUAUAG